UCCAGAAAAGAAGGAGAGAGAGAGAGAGAAAGAGAGCGACAGGAAGCCUCAGCCUCCUGGCCCUAGACGGCUGGGCCAGGGCACCAGGACUGCGCAGCAUGUGGGAGCUCCGCUCUAUAGCUUUCUCCAGGGCUGUGUUUGCAGAGUUCCUGGCCACUCUCCUCUUCGUCUUCUUCGGCCUGGGCUCAGCUCUCAACUGGACUCAGGCCCAGCCCUCUGUGCUACAGAUCGCCAUGGCCUUUGGCCUGGGCAUCGGCACCUUGGUGCAAGCUCUGGGCCAUGUCAGUGGGGCCCACAUCAACCCUGCCGUGACGGUGGCUUGCCUGGUGGGCUGCCAUGUCUCCUUCCUUCGAGCCAUCUUUUACGUGGCUGCCCAGCUGCUGGGGGCCGUGGCCGGGGCCGCUUUGCUCCACGAGAUCACCCCAGCAGAAAUCCGAGGGGAUCUGGCCGUCAAUGCGCUGCACAACAACGCAACGGCUGGCCAGGCGGUGACUGUGGAGCUCUUCCUGACCCUGCAGCUGGUCCUCUGUAUCUUUGCCUCCACUGAUGAGCGCCGUGGAGACUGCUUGGGCAGCCCUGCCCUCUCCAUUGGCUUCUCUGUGACCCUGGGCCACCUUCUUGGGAUCUAUUACACUGGCUGCUCCAUGAAUCCUGCCCGAUCCCUGGCUCCAGCUGUCGUCGUGGGCAAAUUUGAUGAUCAUUGGGUCUUUUGGAUCGGACCCCUGGUCGGCGCCAUCCUGGGCUCCCUCAUCUACAACUACGUGCUGUUCCCCUCGGCUAAGAGCCUGUCUGAGCGCCUGGCGGUGCUGAAGGGCCUGGAGCCCGACACCGACUGGGAGGAGCGUGAGGUGCGGCGGAGACAGUCGGUGGAGCUCCAUUCCCCGCAGAGCCUGCCGCGGGGCAGCAAGGCCUGAGCGCCAUAGCGCUCCUCCGUCGCACCACCAACCCCGUGGGACCCCCGCCCCAGCGGAAAGCCCACCUUGACCCUCCUUUCCCCAGGCCCUAAGUUGGCCCCCCGUACAGAGUAGCUGCUUCAGGAACCAGCGUUGUGAGCGGCAGGAUGGGGGUCUCAAGAGGGUGCCCCUCACCCCCACAAUCCUGGUAGAAAUCCCCCCCAUUCGCGCCCCCCCCCCGUCCUGAGGUUGGGGACCCAGCAAUCCACGACGUCCUGGUUCCUUGCAGGACACUGGCGACCCAGGGGGAGGGCAGGGCUGGUGGGCGGGAAGUGGAGAGAGCUUUGGAGAGCCUGCCCCAGGGUACGUGGGUAAUGUACACGGGCGUUUCCCCCCCCCCAUUUGGGCAUGGUACACCCCGGUUCUGUUCCUAUGUACCUGUGUGUUCAUCCCCAAGUGCAGGGGCUGCCCGUGUCUGCGACUGAGCAGGUUCACCUGGGGUGGUGUACCACUGGGGAUUUCUCUCGCUUCCUCUUACACCUGCAAUAAAUCCACCUCUCUACA